AUGGCUAUCAAACAGAAUGCGAAAAAGGGCGGCAAGCCUGGCAAGCCAGGUGGAAAGCCUCCUGGUGGGGGCAAGCCUGCUGGCGGCAAGAAGGUGUUUCGAAAAAUCAAAAACGGCUUUGUGGAGCCUCGAAAAGCGAAAGCGGCCAAGGGUACGACUGUGGCAGCCAUGGACAUUGUUUCUGCUGCUGAUCUGAGUGCCAGCGAGAGCGAAGACGAAAACAAGUUGAAGGAUUUCGCCAAGUUUGACGAUGAUGAAGAGGAGAAGGAAGACAAGGGUGGCAAGGCCGAGAAGGACGUCAAGAAGGAUGUCCAGAAGGACGUCAAGAAGGAUGUCCAGAAGGAUGUCCAGAAGGAUGUCAAGAAGAGUGUCAAGAAGGAUGUCCAGAAGGCUGGCAAGAAGGAUACCCAAAAGGAUGUCAAGAAGGCUGAUGCUAAAACUAACAGCGCCAUUGAGGGUUUCGCACAAGCCACUAAAGGUGAAGAGGCUGAGGUCUCUGUGCCUGCGAAGGAAGUUAACAAGGCUGCCAAGAAGGAGGACAAGGAUGUGAAAAAGGACACUAAGACAAAGGAUACUGUCAAGACUAAGGUCAAGGCUGCUGUUUUACCCGAAUCUGACGCAGAAAUGGACAACUGGUCAGAUGCCGAGUUUUCAGACGGUGGGGAAACCAUCGAUCUUCCUGCACCCGGAACAAAGCCUCUCGACAUUAACAAAAUGAACUGGAAGAAGGUUGAGCUAGGCGACAAGAAGAUGGACUUUGAGGGUUUCUACGGACUUGAAGAGCUGGACGGUGUUGAUAUUGUGGUCAACAACGGCCUUCCUACUUUUGUUGUAGGGGAGAAGCCUGAGAAGAAGAACUCUAAGAAAGAGACCAAGAAGGCCGAAGUUAAGAAGGAUAAGUCUGGGGAUGCCUCUGAGCCAGCCAAGAAGAAGGCCAAGGUUGCCAAGGACGGAAAGGACGGCAAGGAGGUUGCCAAGACUCAACCUAAACAGAACAGCAAGAAAAAGGCCGAGGGAAACGCAUUUGAGGCCCUCAAUAGUGUGCCCGACGACAUUCAUCUCCCUGACUGGACUCUCAACGGCGAGCAGCUUAACUACUCCCUCAUCCAGGGCCUGUAUGCUCUUGGCUACAAGUCUCCUACAGAAAUUCAGAAGAAGUCGAUCCCACCCAUUCUGGCGGGUGAUGACGUGAUUGGAAAGGCCAGUACCGGUAGUGGUAAGACGCUGGCGUACGGUCUGCCGAUUUUGCAUCGAUUUUUGGAGGCUGAGAAGUCAGACAAGAAGGAGGAGGUCGAGGAGGAGGUCCCUGAGAAGUGUACUACCAAACCCAGACCUAAGAAGGUGACCAAGAUGACCGGACAGGAAGAAAAGAAGGACGACGAGGAAGAGGAAGAGCGAUUCGAUAUGUACGAUGAGGCUCCCGAGCCCCGCUUUGAUAUUUCCGACCGACCUGCUGACCUUCCUGUGCUUGACAAGGAGCGAGAAGACCGAGAAAACGAGGUGGAGAUGGACGAAGAGACCGAAAAGGUGGAGAGAGACAUGUCUUCUGUUAAGCCUCCUCAGGCCAUUGUUUUUGCCCCCACCCGAGAGCUUGCUCAUCAGAUCACCGACCAUUUGAAUGCCGUGUCUCAGUUCUGUCCUAUUUCUGGACCGCGAGUCAUGGCUCUGACCGGUGGACUGUCUAUCAUGAAGCAGCGACGUCUCAUGAAAUGGAACCCUGCCAUCGUUGUCGCCACCCCAGGUCGAUUCCACGAGUUCAUCACCGAUACCGACGGCAUGGUUGAUGUGUUUAAGCGAACCAAGACUGUGGUAAUGGACGAAGCCGAUCGAAUGCUUCAGGAUGGACACUAUGAGGAUCUUGACAAGGCCCUGGAUCUCAUUGGACGAGGAAAGGUGGCCAAACGACAGACAUGUGUGUUUUCAGCCACCUUCCAGAAGUCGCUCAUGUUCAAGCUGGACAAGAAGCGAAAGCAAAGAACAGGUCUGGCCACCGAUCAGGAAACCAUCCGAUUCCUCGUGUCCAAGAUGAAGUUCCGACAGUUCCAUCCUACUUUUGUGGACGCCAACCCUGCCGAAGUUGUCGCUCGACAGGUUCUGGAGAGUAUCGUCGAGUGUGGCGCCAUGGAGAAGGACCAAUACCUAUACUACUUCCUGCUGACCUACCCCGGCAAAUCCAUCAUUUUUGUCAACUCCAUCGACUCUGUCAAGCGUCUCACUCCCAUGUUGCAGAACCUCGAGCUCCCCGCUGUGCAGCUGCACUCCAACAUGAUCCAGAAGGCCCGUAUGCGGUCCCUAGAGCGGUUCCGAGACAACAAGAACGGUAUUCUGGUUGCGACUGAUGUCGCAGCUCGAGGUCUGGAUAUCCCCAAUGUGCACCAUGUUGUGCAUUACCACCUGCCUCGAACUGCAGAUGUCUACGUGCAUCGAUCUGGACGUACUGCUCGAGCGGGAAACGAGGGUGUUUCUGUGCUCCUGUGUUCGCCCGACGAAGCGUCGGGACCUCUGCGAAAGCUGCGAGCUGCCCUGUCACGUGACAAUGCUCUUGCGAAGCUGAAACCUCUGUCCAUGAACUACGACGUGCUGGCUCAGAUCAAGCCCCGAGUGGAGCUUGCCAAGGAGUUGGCGGAUUCGGUUCUGGACUCCACACAGGUUGGCAAGCAGGAUUCGUGGCUCAAGGAGGCUGCCGAGGACCUUGGAGUCGACUUUUCCGACUUUGAGAACGAUACCCACGAUCACAAGAGCCAUGUGCGAACCAAGCUAGGCAACAACAGCAAGAAGGGCAUGAAGGUGAUGAGCAAGGACCAGAUGGCUCGUACUCGAAAGGAGCUUGAGAAGCUACUUAGUAAGCCUCUGGGACGACAUUCGUCCAAAUACAUCACUUCUACUAACGGAAUCAACUUGGCCAAGAUGGUUCUGGAUGGAAAGUCGCAUGACAAGAUUAUGGGAGUGGCUCCUCAGACUGCUGGAGAGACCCUGAGAAAGAAGCGAAAGAACUAG